ACUGCUGCCUUGGACACUUUGUGUUUAAUGUAAAGCAGUGAAAAUAUCACAAAUUUAGUGAACACUUAAGCUGAUAUGGAUUUUUUUAGGUGGCUGAUGUAUGUUUUGCAGCAGCCCCUGUCUACAGCAGUACAUUGUAUAGCUUCCGGUAGACUUGGUUUUUCCAAAGACAAUAGCAAAACAAAACAGUACAUAAAAUAAGCACAGCAGAAACACCAGAUAGGUCAGACCUUUGAGUUUAACUAUAUAAAUGUUAUGGCUGAAAGUGACAAUAGAAAUAAACAAGUCUGCUGAUUUCACAGAUCUCCGCAAUUCAAAUCAGUUGCUAGUUGUCUACCUGGAAGUUUUAUUGCAGCGUCACGAUGAUUCGAUCUAUAGGGUCCAGGUUGGAAAAUAACUUACCCUUUAAAAUCAGGAGUGACUCAUGGUCACCCAACAGACUCAGUAAUGAAGAAAAAGCCUAAUAAUCCUGUGCGUCCCAAACGCAGCAGGCAGGUUAGUGCCAGCAAUGAAUGUGCCACAGAGCCGGGUGCUGUGCUUGGCUCCACUGCCCUAGCAAACUCUGAAACUGUCCCAGAAUCAACCUCACAGAUCAGGCACCUGACUAUGCCGCAGCAAAGCCACAACCUCCUCAAGUUCUUGAAUGAGGACCGGACCCGACAGAGGUUCUGUGAUGUGUCUGUGUCUGUGGGUGGGAAACUCUACAGUGCCCACAAGGUGGUGUUGGCCCAUGGGAGCAGCUACUUCCACGCUGAGCUGUCUAAGAACCCUGCUACAGCGCAUGUGACUCUGGACCAUGUGGAGGACUCUGUGUUCCAGCAGCUGCUUGGCUUUUUGUACACCUCUGAGUGUGUUGUCACAGAGACGGACCUCCCCGCUCUAACUGAAGCAGCUCGAUUUCUUGACAUGAUGGAUAUACUAAAGCUGCUCUGUAAAGAAGGGGACAACAACCCAGUACGAGCGAUCCAAGCACAGGAUGAGGUAAGAGGAUCUCCUGAAGUUGAAAUGACUUCAGGUGACUCGCCAGAUGGUGACACAGACACCCAGAGCCCGUGUGAUGCUCAGUGUACCAUGAGCAGCCGCCCCUUUGGCACUGAAGACCUGCACAACGCCGUGGCUGAGAGUCAAACUGAGGCACAGCAGGAAACCUCGACGGAGAAAGAGAAGACGGCAGCUCAGAGAACGGCUACCACGCGGAGAUCAGCUCGGAGGAGGAGAACACCCACCAAGUAUCUGAGAGACAACGUGGAGUACACUAUCGACACUCCCGAGGAAAAACAAAGCAGCGUGUCACCAAGAGAGCAAGAUGAAGUAAGAACGGAAGAAGCAGGAAAAGUGGUUGUGGAAAACCAAGCGCCCAAACUGGACCUGAACGAGACAUCUAAAGCAUCUCAGGGGGAAGAUGUCGCAGACGAGGAGGAGGAGGAGGAGGGAGACAUGAAUGAGGACGUGGUUCUCCAGAGAAAAGUUGUUGAGGUUUGCGCAGCAGACAAGAGCGCAGGUCAGCAGGGUUCAGAUGUAGAGAGGACAGAGCGCCAGGCUGAUGGAGAGGUUGAAGUCAAUAUGCCAGCAGGAAGCUCUACCCAGAGUCCAGUGUACCCUGAAGGUCUGGCUCCAGUCAUCAUCCAAAUUUCCAGCAAGAAGACUCUCAAGUGCCCCAAAUGUAACAAGACCUUUGACCGCGCAGGGAAGUAUGAGAGUCACACCAGAGUUCACACCGGAGAGAAACCAUUCCAGUGUGACAUCUGCCUUCAGCGCUACUCCACCAAGUCUAACCUGACCGUACACAAGAAGAAGCACGCCAGCAACGCUCCCUUCCAGAAGAAGGAGCACAAAUGCCCCUUCUGUAACAAACUCCAUGCCAGCAAGAAAACCCUGGCCAAGCAUGUGAGGAGGCUUCAUCCAGACCACAUCCAAGAGUUUCUUACCAAAAGGAAGAGGAAGAGUGAAGGCUGGAAAUGUGCUAUUUGUCUGAAGACUUUCAGCCGCAGGCCUCAUCUGCAGGAGCACAUGAUCCUGCACACCCAGGAGCGGCCCUUUAAAUGCUCCUUCUGUGACGAAUACUUCAAGUCCAGGUUUGCCAGGCUGAAGCACCAAGAAAAAAAUCACUUAGGUCCUUUUCCAUGUGAGAUUUGUGGCCGACAGUUUAAUGACACAGGCAACAGGAAGAGGCACAUUGAGUGCACACAUGGAGGCAAAAGAAAAUGGACCUGCUUCGUUUGUGGGAAAUCUGUAAGAGAAAGGACCACUUUGAGGGAGCACCUGAGGAUCCACAGUGGGGAGAAGCCUCACCUCUGUAGUAUCUGUGGCCAAAGUUUCCGUCAUGGCAGCUCCUACAGGCUCCACCUCAGAGUCCACCAUGACGACAAGCGCUACGAGUGUGACGAAUGUGGGAAAACCUUCAUACGCCAUGAUCACCUGACCAAACAUCAGAAAAUACACUCUGGUGAGAAAGCACACCAAUGUGAAGAAUGUGGGAAGUGCUUCAGGCGCCAUGAUCACCUGACGGUCCACUACAAAAGCAUUCAUUUGGGAGAGAAAGUGUGGCAGAAAUACAAAACGGCUUUGCAUCAGUGUGAGGUUUGCAAGAAAGAAUUUAAAGGAAAGUCCAGUCUGGAAAUGCACUUCAGGACCCACUCGGGUGAGAAACCCCACAGAUGUCCCGAGUGCAACCAGACAUUUCGGAUCAAGAAGACCUUGACAAAGCACAUGGUGAUUCACUCAGACGCUCGUCCUUUUAACUGCCCCCACUGCAGCGCCACUUUUAAACGAAAAGACAAGCUGAAGUACCACGUCGACCACGUGCACAGCAACCGCUUUACUGAGCAGCCCCUCGGCACACUCAGCGAGGUCAAAAUAGUCACCAUUCCUUUUGAGGAGCCCUCUAAGGUAUACCGCGCUGAACCCAAGUCAACCCUCCAGAGCACCCCUCCUCCUACAAACGUCUGCGUGCCCGUCACUUUAGUUCCUGUCCAGAUGGCAGCAGGAGCACAGGGUAACCUCAGCACUCACAGAGCCUCAUCCAUCUCCUCCCAAACUCACAGUGUGGUGAACAUGCAGACUCAAGGACAGCAGCAGAACUCUGGCUAUCAAGCCGCCACAGAACUGGCGUUCUUAGAAAAGUACACCCUCACUCCCCAGCCUGCCAACAUCGUCCACCCAGUGAGGCCCGAUCAGAUGCUGGACCCCAGAGAGCAGUCGUACCUGGGGACGCUGCUGGGACUGGAUUCAGCUUCCUCUGUGCAGAACAUCUCCAACUCUGAACACGCACACUGAUGCUCCAGCAAAACUCAGCCCUCAAGGCACAGUCCAACAAACUUUAACACUCAUUUAAUGACAAGAACAGAAGCUCCAGUAUUCACCACUAAAAUGUGUUCACACUUUAAGAAAGAGGGCGACUAUGUUCUCCCUGUAAAAUAAUGAAAUAUAAUACAAAAACUACACAACAGCUCUAGAGUUAUUAAGCUCUGUUACGGCACAGGAUGUUCAGACAGGAAACACUGACACCACACAAAUAAAUGCAUUUGUGUGACGUGUUAAAAAAGAGAGAAACUGUGGAUUUAAACAGGUUUUUCUGUUGUCAUGACUUUUACCUUAACACCAAAAAAACACAGAGGUAAAACUGAAAAAGACAGGUGGGCUGUUGUUUUUUUUUCAGUGUAUGAAAUGAAUAAGUAUAUUUUCCACAAAUGGAUGUUGGAUGAUUUUAUACAGUGUGUUAGACUCCAUCUUUUAAACAUUACUUCACCACUUGUCAGCAGGUUCCUGUCAACAUGAGUCUCUGGUUCUUACUGAAUGGUUUGAUUUUUGAGUUGCACAGAUUAACUUGCUUUAAUUGUAUUGUAUUAUAUUGUAUAGAGACGGAGCGGUUUGUUUUUUAAGGGGUCAGAUAAGUUGCAGAAAAGUGACUGACGACAAGUUUGAUGAAUGAAUCACUGAAAUCAUUUCUCAGUUCUCAUGUCUCGAUUUUAGUUGUAGUAACUUAUGAUAAAUGGUUGCUCUUUAAAAAAGAUGGCCUAAACAAUUAAUUGGUUUACCAAAUAAAUGAAUAGAUAUCCACAGGUUAAAUGAUUCUAAAACAAGUCAGUACCGGCAGCCUUUUAAUACUGAGUAAACCUAAAAUGUGGCCUUAUUGUAAUUUGUGUACUGCCUGUACAAUGUGUCACUUCAAAAUCAUUGGUGCGCACAAGUUAUUUAUUUAAUGGGAACGAGUUAAUCAUCUUGUGCGCACAAGAUAAAAAACAGAUACUCAGAAAAAGAUCACGUUUUGGCUUAAAAUGCACAGUUUGGUUGCCACAGACACGGCUGGAAAUGUUCAGAUAUGUUUUUCAAAAAAUACCCAGUUGUGUCAUGGCAAACGCGGUUGGAAAAAUGUCCCAACGUGAUGUUGAAAAAUACCCGGUUUUGACCUGGAAAAUAUGACUGGAGAUGUCCUGACAUGUCAUUAAAAAAUACCCAGUUUCAUCACAGCAAACAUGGCUGGAAAUGUCCCAACAUGAUGUUUAAAAAUACCACGUUUUGUCCUGGCAGUCACGGCUGGAAAUGUCCCAAUAUUGCGUGAAAUAAUACCUGGUUUUAUCACCGCAAACACAACUGAGAAUGUCCCGACUUCUCAUUAAAAAAUACCUGGUUCUGUUGCAGCGAACACCACUGGAAGUGUCCCAACAUACUGUUAAAAAAAUACCCGCUUCAAUCGCAGCAAACAUGACAGGAAUUGUAUUAUUAAAAAAUACCCAGUUUUGUUGCAACAAACAAGGCUAGAAAUGUGUUGUUAAAUAAUACCUGGUUUUGUCACAGUAACCGCAGCUAGAAAUGUCCCAACCUGUUCUUAAAAAAUACCUGGUUCUUUCAAAGAAAGAAAAACGCCUGAAAUAUUUUGUUAAAGAAAGAUAACCCGGUUUUGUCGCAACAAACAAGACUAGGAAUGUAUUUUUAAAAAAAAUACCUGGUUGUGUUGUGGCAGUCACAGCUAGAAAUGUCUUGACAUAUCGUUAAAAAAUACCCAGUUCUGUCGAAGCAAACAUGGCUGGAAAUGUGUUUUUAAACAAUACCUGAUUUCGUUGCAACAAGUAAGGCUAGCAAUGUGUUGUGAAAUGAUACCUGGUUUUGUCGCAGCAACCACAGCUAGAAAUGGCCCAACCUGUUUUUGAGAAAUACCUGGUUUGUUUGUCUCAAACAGUGGUCUGCUGCUGUCGGCUUCUUACACCAUCCCCUGAUUUGAAACCCACCUUAUAUACAUGUAAUGUGAACUACGUUAAUUUUUAAAGAUUGAUAUGUAUGAAACAUAGAAAUGUUCCUGCUGGGAUUGUGCACCCCAAACUGGGUAUUAUAAGACAAAACAUGAUCUUUUCCUACCCAUAACCAAGUGGUUUUUGUGCCUAAACCUAAUCACACAUUCACCACAGCAUAGUAAAGUUUUAACAUCUCUGCUACAUAAUAACAUGCAAAUGUAACAUAUCCGUAGUUUACAGAAAUGUACAAGCCAGAAUUGUAUUCUGUCGACUGAGCUGCGGAGGUUUUGGGUUUGUUAUUGUGAUGCAACAAGGGAAGAUUUUUUUUCUUUUGCUGUGUACGUACGAGCACAAUGAUUAGAGGUCACUGUACUAAUGUAUGUGCAAGAACCUCUUUUUAAAUACACUUGUUAAAUCAUGUAAAAUGUGAUUUAAAAGGCAUUUUGUUGAUCGGAAAAUAAUCUGUUUUUAGGAACUAAGGAGCAGAAAAAGAGAUGGAGAUUGUAAAGACAAAUGUUAAGAUAUCACAUGUGGUAAAGUAACGGCUGCAUCCUGGUGUGGUUUUGCUGGUGGAUUUCAGAUAUGUGACAGCUGCACAGUGGACAUUUGUCCACACACUUAAUUGUUGGAUUUCAUCUUCACAUUCUGAAACAGUUGUGAUGCUCUUCUCAAACUCUGUGUCAUGAUCAAUAAAAUCAGUUGUAAAAAUA